AAAGGCGCGGCGGUGGCCGUUGAGGAAGUUGUUCGCCAGCAUAUUGUACUCGAUGGACCUGGAGUGGCGGAGGUACCUGAAGGAGGAGAAGGAAAAGGAGCCGGAGGCAGGAUUCCUAUAAUAAAGCUGAAUUAUGAGGGAUUCAGGGCAGAUUAUUGAUAGAAGAAAAAAAGCUGUCAACAUGAAGUCUGAUUGGGAAUGUGGUUAGUCAAUAAGUUAUGAUGAUACAAUACAACAUACAUGAUGGUAUGGAAGAAAAAAACAAGACGAAGUAUCUUAGUGUUUUGGAAAUAAAAAUAUUCUAUUGGACAAUGCUAAAAUCUAUUAGUGUGAAGAGUUAUUCAGUCUCUGAAGAACCUUAAGAUAAAAAGUUGAAAUAUCCAGCAAUGGCUGAUAAAUAAUUUGGAGACCCUCAUGACUGUUGCAAAAGAAUGGCUGUAAUUUGGAUGAUCCAUUAUCUUUGGCUUUUGGCAGUUCUAGCAAGAUGUAGUGGUGGCCACAGCCUAUUCUCAUGUGAACCCAUAAUCCUAAGGAUGUGCCAAGAUCUUCCGUACAAUACCACAUUUAUGCCUAACCUUUUGAAUCAUUAUGAUCAACAAACAGCAGCUCUAGCAAUGGAACCAUUUCAUCCUAUGGUAAACCUUGAUUGUUCCCGAGACUUUCGACCAUUCCUAUGUGCUCUCUAUGCUCCUGUUUGCAUGGAAUACGGUAGAGUCACCCUCCCAUGUCGCAGAAUUUGUCAACGAGCAUAUAGUGAAUGUUCAAAGCUCAUGGAGAUGUUUGGUGUGUCUUGGCCUGAAGACAUGGAAUGCAACAGGUUCCCAGACUGUGAUGAGCCUUACCCUCGUCCCAUUGAUCUCAAUGUAGUUGGGGAAACAACAGAAAAAGCAACAGUGGAAGUGCAAAGAGACUAUGGUUUUUGGUGCCCUCGAGAACUAAAAAUAGACCCUGAUCUGGGCUACACAUUCCUGCGGGUACGGGACUGCUCGCCUCCUUGUCCAAAUAUGUACUUUAGACAAGAAGAACUUUCUUUUGCACGAUACUUCAUUGGUGUGAUCUCCAUUGUCUGCCUUUCCGCUACCUUGUUCACUUUCUUGACUUUCCUGAUUGAUGUCACAAGAUUUCGUUAUCCAGAAAGACCCAUAAUCUUCUAUGCUGUUUGUUACAUGAUGGUGUCCCUAAUUUUCUUCAUUGGCUUUUUGCUAGAGGACCGGGUUGCCUGCAAUGCCUCCGGCCCUGCCACUUACAAGGCUUCCACAGUGACACAGGGCUCUCACAAUAAAGCAUGCACAAUGCUUUUCAUGGUACUGUAUUUCUUUACCAUGGCUGGGAGUGUUUGGUGGGUGAUUCUUACCAUCACUUGGUUUUUGGCAGCUGUCCCAAAAUGGGGUAGUGAAGCCAUUGAAAAGAAAGCCCUCCUCUUCCAUGCUAGUGCUUGGGGCAUCCCUGGAACCCUUACCAUCAUUCUCCUAGCUAUGAAUAAAAUAGAAGGUGAUAACAUCAGUGGAGUAUGUUUUGUUGGCCUUUAUGAUGUAGAUGCCUUGAGAUACUUUGUUCUUGCUCCUCUCUGCCUGUAUGUGGUGGUUGGAGUUUCUUUGCUACUUGCUGGCAUCAUUUCUUUAAAUCGGGUUCGUAUUGAAAUUCCCUUAGAGAAGGAAAACCAGGACAAGUUGGUGAAAUUUAUGAUUCGAAUUGGCGUCUUCAGUGUAUUGUAUCUUGUGCCACUGUUGGUUGUCAUUGGCUGCUAUUUCUAUGAACAAGCUUACCGAAGUGUGUGGGAGACAACAUGGAUUCAAGAAAGGUGCAAGGAAUAUCACAUACCUUGCCCUUAUCAGGUUACCCAGAUGAGUCGACCAGACUUGAUCCUCUUCCUUAUGAAAUAUCUGAUGGCUCUCGUAGUAGGAAUCCCAUCAGUCUUUUGGGUUGGAAGUAAAAAGACUUGCUUUGAAUGGGCCAGCUUUUUUCAUGGGCGCAGGAAAAAAGAGGUUGUUAAUGAGAGCCGGCAAGUACUUCAGGAACCUGACUUUGCUCAGUCUCUCUUGAGAGAUCCAAAUACACCCAUAAUUCGCAAAUCCAGAGGGACUUCCACCCAAGGGACUUCUACUCAUGCCUCCUCUACACAAUUGGCUAUGAUGGAUGACCAGCGAAGCAAAGCAGGCAGUGUGCAUAGCAAAGUCAGUAGUUACCAUGGCAGCUUGCAUAGGUCACGAGAUGGCAGAUAUACCCCCUGCAGUUACCGUGGAAUUGAAGAUCGGCUACCUCAUGGCAGUAUGUCCCGAUUGACUGACCACUCCAGGCAUAGCAGUUCCCAUCGGCUCAAUGAUCAGUCACGUCACAGUAGCACCAGAGACCUCAGUGGAAAUCCAAUAACUCACAUAACUCAUGGCACCAGUAUGAACCGAGUUAUUGAAGAGGAUGGGACCAGCGCUUGAUCUGCACUUCUUUUCCCAUCUGACACCUAUUUUUAAAUGAACAGCAUUCAUUUCUUAUCAGAAUAAUAUAUCAGCUUUUAUUCCUCUUAUCAGCCAGAAUGGCACCCAGUUUGGUCAGUACCUUCCAAGAUUUCUUAGGAAGAUUGCCUCUAAGCAAGUCUGUUGUUGAUCAAGUCUACAAGUUAACCAUGGAUUCAUUUAGGAUUGGCUACUAUAUUAAUUUAUUUGUUGAUGUUUCCCCUUAUCUCUUCUAAAAAUCCCUAUGCGUCUAUAAGUGUCAUACUAUGGAGGCUCUAUGAAAAGUUCCUCAAAUUAGAAAACUGGGUUUGCUUUUUUGUGGAGGGAGAGGGAGAUACGUUUUGCUUUUUUCCCCAUUCUAAUUAAAAAUAAACUAGUUGUUCUCCCGCAGCACAGAAUGUAGGCUGCAUAUUAAAAACUGUAUAGAGGGCAUCAGAGAUUAUUAGUGAAUGCACUAGAAAUAGAACAAAAGGUAAAAAUAGCAAAAGUCUUAAAUAAUAUUGUUGGCUCUUACGUUAAAUUCUGGUCUUGAUGGGGAGGGUGGGAGCUUAUCAAUAUUUGGUGUGAAGUUUCUUGUUUGUGUUUUGAUAGAAAAUAUUCCAAUUUACUACUAGUUUUCAAAGAGAAAAGCAAAGUGUUGUUGGUUCUUAAUUAUCAAACUGAAUUCAACACCUUCAUAAUUCUCAUUGAAUAGGAGAAAAAUUGAUUUUUUAAUGUAACUACUUUAUGUAGCCUUUAAGACUAUUAAGAAAAUUCCCCCAUGCUUCAAUUCUUUCAGCAUCAGUGCCUUGAAUAGUUCUUCCUAUAUCUAUUCGAAGACAUUUUGGGAGGAAAGAGUUAAUGGCCUCUAUCAAAGAAUCUGAGAUAUUUUUGGAGAAAUGAAAGGCAAGAAGAUCCAUAAAAUAAUAUGUACUUUGAAUAAUCUGUUAUCCUGUUUAUGAAGAAUAUUUGCUGAGCCCUGCAGAUAGCUAUUGAGGAGAAAAUAUUAAAUUUGAUCAUUUUCAGUUCCAAACUCAAGAUAUUCAUAUGGAAACCAGAAGAACAAAUGCAGCCAAACCCUUCAGCAUACAUAUUGUAAGAAGCUUUUUGAAUUCAACUGCCCAAUUGUGAAGCACUAGCUUUCAGUUUAUUAUUUCAAAGUUCUUCUGUAUUUAGGGACCAAUUCAAGAUUAACAACAAUGAGACUGUAAUUCCAGAACAGGGAUUUUUCUCAUUUGACGAUGCAACUCAAAAUAUAUUGUACAAGACAGUAAGACCAGUUAAAUAGAAUGGGCUUUACCUCUAAGUUAAAGUACAAAGGAUCAGUUCUUAAGUGCAGUGUAAUAAACAGCUAUAGUUUUGUAUUCAUUCAUACUUAUGAAUGAUAUGCACAUGAGCAAUUUAAAUAUGCAAACCUACAGUUCUUAAUUGAAACAUUACCCAUGCUUGUCUUGGACAGUGAACUUGAUUUUUCUAAGGCAGCUAUUGGCAUGAGUUAAGGAAGCACCUGUGUGUUUAAAUCUACCUCAUUUAUUGCUCUAAUACUAUUGCUGGAAAAUGUUUAUUCUGCUUCUUUUUCUCUUUCUUAAUAUGCACCCUCCCUUAUAUCAACCUUUAUAUAUAAUGGAGAACAAAUAUGCUAGGUAUCUAAAUUUAAUGACAAACCAUUUCAUUCUUGGUUCCUCAAGAAAAGUAACCGGUGCUGAAAUACUUUGGAGCUACAAGAAUUAGGCUUAGUAUUAUUUAAAAUUCUAAUUUAAAAAUUGUGACGUGCCAGAUCAGCUGCUUUGUAACUUGAUAAGGUACUUUAAAUCAAGCUAAUAUAUUAAUUGUGAGAAUAUAAUUAUGAGGAAGCCUGAACAGCAUCCAAACCAUGGUAAGCAGGGAUUUUCUUUCUGCUCUUUUUCUGGCAAAACUACAUUUCAAGAGAAACAUUAGUAUCAAGGGAGUUUUCCAUAAAAUGUAAAUAUAAUGUAGGUAUCACUUGUUAUUUGUGGUGGCUCUAUUCUAGACUAACAGCCACUGAUAACAGAAUUGUGUCUAACCAGACAUUGAAGAAGUAUACUUUAUUCAUGGGCAAAGCUCACCAUUAUAUUGUGCCCACUUAAAUACCUCCCUCCAUUAAAAAAUAUUCUAGAAAUCUUCCAAAUAGAAUAAUGUAUCAAAAUUAAAGCUAUUCAAUCCUUUUCUAGAUAAUAAAAUCUAACCUGUGUUUAUCAACCAUAGAUAAUGGAUUGCAGAUAACAAGGGCCACAUGUACCAACUUCAGAGAAGUGGGACUGUUAGAUCAGAACUGGAGAAAGACAAGUUAAAACUUAAUUCAAAAUAGGCAAAAAUAAAAAUCCCUUGUAGGAGAAAAUAUCUGUAGAAUUUUAGGAAAUUUUAAACGUUCUAGUAAAAUAUAUUAACAUCUUUAAAUGUAUGGAUUCCCAUAAAUUUAACUCCCUCAGGAAAAAAAAAAACUUCUAGAAAAUAGCAACAUAGUUUGCUUCUACAUUCUAGUCAAAGCUCACAGUAAGCUGCCUUUUUCUAUUAAUGUAAUGUAGAAUGGAGCCAACAGAGUCUCCAUAACUAUAUAACAAAGAUGCUUGCAAGAAAGAAGCAAAUAAAAAACCACAUUCUUUUUUCCAUUAAUUGCCUGUUAAGAUACCAACCUUUUAAAACCUGAAAAUUAUAAGCCAAUCAGUGCGGCUUCUGCAUUUGGGUAUCUCCACUCCUCAACUGUUGAAUUUGGGGCAAGGGCAUGUAAACUAAUUAAUUUCUACCUUCACUCCUCAAUGAGGCAGGCAGUUUUCAAAGUCACUCUGCAUCAUACUGCCUACCUCCUCAGGCAGUUUGCCUGACCCUGCUAGCCCACAAAAACUUAUUUCCUUCAGUUAACCAUAUUUAAGUAAUAUUGGAUAAAACAUUCAUAUGGUGUUUUUAUAAAAUACUAUACUCUGAGAGUGCAGAAAAUCAUAUAUUGUGAUCAUGCAGUCAAUCUGUACAACUUCUCAAAACCAGAAUGUGUUUGCCAUGGGGACUGAUGUGGCCAAAAUAGAAACUUCUGUGCUUAAUACAGUCUAUGGUUAAUUAAUCAGUACAAACUAAUUUGCAAUCUCAAGUACUUUUUUAAGCAUUCCUGCCACUUUAGGUUCCAUCUUGCAUACUUGAAACUGCUAGACCCAAGGCAGCCGUUCCCCCCCCCCCCAGGAGCUGCAGAAAUAUUUAGACCAGUUCUUCAGUUUACUUUCUCAUGUACAACAAAUAGUGUCCUGUAUUAUAGCAAUGCUGUCACCAUAAACCAAACAAUUUCAGGAUUUAUUGUCAGCAGGGGCAUUUUAUUUUAUUUUAUUUUUGGUAAUCGCAAUAAAGUUAAUCUUUGGUUUUACAAAGAAUUUAUUUUUCCCUUUGCAAAAUGACACCAAGCAAAAAAUUAGCAUUAGCUUGUUACUUGGAUUUUUUUUUAAGUGACUGGGACAAACAUCUUUGGAAUGGUGUUAUGUAAAAUCUAUGUCUAAUUUUGAAUACAAGAUAUGCACAUCACUCUUGUAGCUCUUAUAUAGAGAAAAUUGGCUUAAAGUGCCAUAUACUGUAAACUAGUUUUAGUAGAAUGGUAUCUGGGAUCCCAUUUGUUCCUCUUGCUGAGAAGCAUCAUUUGCCCAUUCUCCAAUUUUGAUUUGAUUAUGUCACUGUUGUAGGUAAUGUUGCAACUAUAAAAAUAUAGAAUAUUGAACAAUUUAGUAAUUAAGCCAGAUCUGGCAUAGUUAGGCAGAGAAGAUAAGUCUUUGUUCUAGAAAAAAUAUAGUUCAGCCUUAGCACAAAUCACCUAUAUUUAAUGUUGUAAUUCGUAUAAAAUGACUUCAUGGAUAUAGGCUACUUUUUGCCAGUGCAGAAAAACCAAAAUGAAGUAGCAGAUAAAAGAAAAUAUUGUUUAAUUCCUCUGUUAUCAAACAGGAGAGGUUUUUUUCUUAUACAACUUCUUUUACAGUAGGAAAAUUCUUCCAAAAUUGUAGUACUUCUAAUCAAUGCUGUUAUUCCAGUUAUUGCAGGGAGGGAGGUUGUUAAUGUUUCUGGAAAAAAAAAUCAGGUUUACUACCUUUAUCUAAAAUUGUGAUUCGAGUAUAAGAGAUAGAUUUGAAUACACCAGCAUGGUACCUGAUCUCCAAUGCUAACAGUUGAACUUGCACUAAACUCUUUGUAGAUUUGACUUAUACAAUAAUAAGCUAGUGUCCUACUCAGUUUUGUGUUGUUCUUAGCACCUUAACUGUGCAUGUACAAAUGGUUACUAUAGCAUUGAUUAAGCAUUUUGUUUUUGUUUUUUAAAGACUAUUUAGAAUUUUUAAUAAAAUGACUAAAAUGAAAGCCUUGAAGUGUUUGUUGCUCCUUUAAACCUCUAGGGAGAAGAGUAAACGACAAAAGUAUACAUAGAAUGUGCAGGCUUUUAGGGUGAAUGCAGAAUUCUGCCAUAUUCCAGGAGACACAUCAAGACAUGCUUUAUUUCCUGGCAGAUUCAGUUCCAAAACUGAAAAUAUAGGCUUCCCCUAGCUUAUAAAACGGUUCCCACUUAUGCCAUGACACAAUUCCAUGACUCAAAAAAACUUUAGAGUAGUUGUGCAUCAGAAACCCACUCUCUUUUUAUGCUAAGUAAGAAUUUCACUAUCAAACUUAUCCAUGGAAUUUGGGUCUUUUUUUUAAUUUAAAUCUGCUAUGAGUCUUAAUAUCUGCUGAAUAUUGGCAAUAAAAAAAUCACCAUACCAGAUUUUCACUGCAAACCGAUUGUUCACACACUAUACUAAGCAGUUGGUGUAUUCCGGCAUGGUUUGUUGAAAAAUCCAAAAGCCAAGAUAAAACUAAGCAAAUUUAACACAAGAACAAUCAUUUGAAACUGCAGAUGAAGUUUUCAUUUUUUUCCCAAUUUAUUCCUGAAGGAGACAAAAUGUUCAGCUAUGGGGGAAGGGGAAAAAAUAGGUCUGUUACACCUCAGUUUAACACUUUUUUAUUUUUGGAAACAAAAAAAAUCCUAGAAUAUUAAUUGGCUUGCUGUCAAAUUUCAGUGCUGCAGUCUUGACAUGGUCUGGGGCAACAUGCCACUUGUGGAUUGCCUAUCUCAAGGUUCAGUAGUGUUUGUAUCAGAUUAUAUCUCCUUAGAAUAGCCUUGGUAUUGGACUAACAAUCAUAUUUGUGAUCAAUACAUCUGAAAGUCCCUGUUUGAAAUUAUAUAGAAAAAAAAAUGACUUUAUUCCUCUGCUACAUUUGCAUGACUUCUUGUAAGCAUGCUUUUCUUUCCUUUGGCUUUGCUCAUGAGUUUCUACCAAAUACCUUGAAGCAUUAAAUUGCAGGAUAAUCCUGCUACAAAUUCCACCUGAAAGCUGCCAAAACUAACAAGUCUGAACAAAUGUGAAUUCCACUGAUAACUAUCCUUUCAGAGUACUUUAACUGGUGAAUUCUUUAUGUGAUAAAAUUACUUUAGACAAAGGGGAAUAAUUGUCAUACUAGAGCUUUUCUUUAAAAAUAUGUAAAAAUGUUAUUAGCUAUCAAUGUUCAGACACAGCUAAUUCCUAGCCCAAAAUAGUGAAUGUGAACAAGCUUUGGACAGCUUUUAUCCCAACUAAACAAAUGAAAAGUCUAUUGUAUGUCAAUUUUAUGCAAAUAUUGCUCACCUCUACAUCAAGCAGGUUUAGCAUAAAUUGGAUCCAAAACAAAAAUUUAACAUUGCAGAAGUUUCCAGAAGGUUCAUAAAAGCUUGUGCUAUAAUAAAGAUGUGGCUCUUUAGGCAAGAAGUAACUUUUUGUUACUGUUUUGCUUUACUUUGUAAAGAUCUAUCCAUGCUUUAUAUGUUAGAUUAAAGUGUUUCAUUAACUUCCACAAUCUAACUAGUGCCCUCUCAACCUAGACAACUGGUUGGAGAAUAUGGGAGCUCAAUGCAGAGCAGGGAAAUAACUGUGUCUGCAAUGUCUAUGGAUCCAUUGUCUUCACUUCUGGGCUCUAGAUCUUUUUCUACUUGCAUACAUUUGUAUAUAUUACAAAAAAUAAUCUUUUUUGUAAUAUAUCAUUUGUGAAUCACUUCAUAAUAUAUUGAAAAGGAGGACAAAAGACAGGUAGUAGUUUAUAACUGAAGGUUACUACAAUAUAUGUACAGUAUAUUAUUUUUAUCCACCAUUAUUUCUAGUUAGAACAAGCAGCUUCAGAGGGCUUCAGAAAUGUAAAAUAUAUUUACUACGCAAUAUCUGAAGUGUUUUUCAUUGGUCUAUGGAAAAAGCAAAUAUAGGAAAAGAAAUAUAGAAGCAAUGUUUCACUCAUGAAAUCCCUGGCUAUUGCGAAAAGGGAUAGGCCUGUUGAUUCACAAAGAGCUCAAUGGAAGUAAUAGACAGACUAAAGAUAAGGGGGUAAAAUUAAUUACAUUUGUUUGACAGAUUAGGACCAAGGAAGUGUUUUAGUCCCAUUGCUAACCUUUGUGAAACAAGCUAAACAAAUGUAAUAACAAUAGUACACAAAGCAAGCCUCCAAUUUACGAAAUGCUGUAAAACUAUAUAAAAAUCCUUGUACUCGUCAAAUCAGUUGGUCAGCUGCUCCAGAGCCACAUGCUGUUGUGGUACUGCUUUUCAAUAAACUAGAACCUUCUCUCUAAA